UGUCUUCUUCACUAUUCGGGUCAUUUUAUCCCCUCAGAAACCCCUCACCCUCGACCUCCUGCGACGUGGUGACAUCAACAAUGGCAACUCCUUUAAGUUUAUCGAUAGCUUCAACUUAUAAUAAACCUUCAUCUUCACCAUUAUUUUCCCAAAGAAACUUAAGAUUAACGAGGCCUAUAAUUUCAGCUCUGUAUAGUCCCUAUGGCGAUUCUUCUACUAUUGGACUAUACAGUAAGACACACAGAUUGCCAUUGAAGCUUGACCAGCAGGAUUUUCACUCUAUUCCUGAUCAAAGUUAUGGAGUGAUAGAAGCCAAAAAGGGAAACCCACCUAUCAUGCCAGCUGUCAUGACUCCAGGAGGGCCUUUAGAUCUUUCUACAGUGUUGUUCAGAAAUCGGAUAAUCUUCAUUGGGCAGCCAAUUAACUCACAGGUGGCUCAGCGAGUUAUAUCACAGCUUGUGACUCUGGCAACAAUUGAUGAAAAUGCAGAUAUUUUGAUCUAUCUCAACUGCCCGGGUGGGAGCACCUACUCUGUCUUGGCAAUAUAUGAUUGCAUGUCCUGGAUAAAACCCAGGGUUGGUACUGUAUGUUUUGGAGUAGCUGCAAGCCAGGGGGCACUUCUUCUUGCUGGUGGAGAAAAGGGAAUGCGGUAUUCCAUGCCAAAUUCCCGUAUUAUGAUACAUCAACCUCAAAGUGGAUGUGGGGGGCAUGUUGAAGAUGUAAGGCGCCAAGUGAAUGAAGCAGUUCAAUCUCGCCAUAAAAUUGACAAAAUGUAUACUGCCUUUACGGGCCAGUCUCUUGAGAAAGUGCAGCAGUAUACUGAGAGGGAUCGUUUCUUGUCUGUAUCUGAGGCAAUGGAGUUUGGGCUCAUUGAUGGGGUUCUUGAAACGGAGUACUGACACAUUCUUGGGUUGCUACUGUCUCCGCCAAACGACAUUCUCUAGUGUCACGAGAAGCAACUGGAACCUGGCUUGAAAAGCUAGUGAUAUAACAUUCUGAUUGCAUGUGGAAAUCGGUUGAUUCAAAUUUAUGGUAGUCUGGUUGAUAAUGUUAGUUGAUUCAAAUCGUGUGUGAAACAAUUGAUAUAACUUGAAAGCUGCAGUUCAAAAAACUUCAAUUUUAUCAUUAAACAGCUACAUGUUUUUGCA